CAAAGAAUCAAAAUCCCUGCACUGGGUUCGAACCAGAAACCUGGCGGCGUUUGGUUUAGACAUUGGUGUUGGACUUGAAAGUAAGUAACAUCAGAGUUUGUUUUCGAUCAUCCCAUCUCAACAUAUCAGAUGUACCCCAGCUCAGUGCAUAAGACAUAGCUGCAAGUGCAAACCGCGGAGACACGGCGAGAGAAAGCUGCAAUUGAAAUGGGUCUAAGAAUCCGUGGUCGAGUGGAGAAAGUGAAUGGAAAAGAACUGAGUUACGUCGAGUUUGCGGAGAAAUACAUGGGUCAAAACCAGCCCGUAGUCCUCACCGGUCUCAUGGACGAUUGGAGAGCCUGCAGAGACUGGGUAACCGAUGGCGGAAAGCCCAAUCUCCAGUUCUUCUCCACCCACUUCGGAACCUCCAAAGUCCAGGAAAGCACAGUUGCUGAAUGUGGUACUAGAGAGUUCACGGAUCAGAGGAGGAUAGAAAUGACCGUUGCUGAGUUCAUAAACUGCGCUCAGCUCAGCGAAUCUACUGAUGGUGUUCAAUCCUCUUUUUAUUUAAAGGAUUGGCAUUUUGUAAAGGAGUACCCAGAGUAUAUUGCCUAUAAAACUCCAUUGCAUUUCUGUGAUGACUGGCUGAAUCUGUAUCUUGACAAAUACCGAAUGCAUAAUGAUCCUGAUAUUUACAAUGAGGGAAAUGAAAUAAGUUGUUCCGACUAUCGUUUUGUAUACAUUGGAUCAAAAGGUACAUGGACUCCUCUUCAUGCUGAUGUUUUCAGAUCAUAUAGUUGGUCAGCAAAUGUUUGUGGAAGAAAAAAGUGGUACUUUCUACCUCCAAGUCAACAUCAUCUGGUAUAUGACAGGAACAUGAAAAAUUCUGUAUAUAACAUCUUUGCAGAUGUUAAUGAAGUGAAGUUUCCUGGAUUUAAGAAGGCUAUCUGGUGGGAAUGCACUCAGGAGCAAAAUGAAAUCAUCUUUGUCCCUAGUGGAUGGUAUCAUCAAGUUGAGAAUUUGGAGGACACUAUAUCUAUAAACCACAACUGGUUCAAUGCAUAUAAUUUAUCUUGGGUGUGGGAUUUGCUUCGGAGAGACUACCUCGAGGCUCAGGAAUGUAUUGAAGACCUGAAGGGAUGUGAUGAUUUUGAGGAGCUUUGUCAGCGUAACCUUGCUGCAAAUACAGGCAUGAAUAUCUAUGAUUUCUUUGUCUUCAUGGUGCGGUUUGCCCUUUCCAACAUGGUGCAGCUUUACAAUCUCACUACUGAAGACAAAGAUUGUAGUUCAAGGUCAUUUCAGAUGGGAAGGCAUUUGGUUUUGAACCUCAAAUGUAUACGAAGCAUUGCUUUGAAAAUGAAAUCCACGGCUAUGGAUGUAAAACAUGGCAUUCUAACUGACAGAAGAAAAGAAUUGGAGGAUGAGUUAUUUGGUGAAUUCUGUACUUGUCUUGGAAAAACAUACGGCUUGAUACAUCAUGAGCAGUCUCAAGUGGAUCAUAACAUAGACCAAGUGUUGUUGAAAUACUUAGAGUCAAAUUUUCAUCUUUCUGGUUGUCCUGUGUCUGAUUCUGAAGAUUUAGCUACCCUCAUAGACAAUGGUUUGAUGAAAUUAGGUGGGUGUUUCAUUGAUUAGCUAAGCAAAGUGUCUGUGGUUUAGUAACUUUGUGUAUAUGUAAACAUAGUCUAUAAUAAUAAAGAUGAGAUCGAGGCAUCUGUUGGGAAAUGAAAUUAUCAAAACAUGCAUGCACUUAUUUGUUUGCAGUCGGACAGAGCCAAAAACUAUGUUGUAUACUUAUAUUACACGCUUUCUU